AUGGCCCGCAAGAAGGCUAGAGAAUCGUACAUAGAAAGCGAAUUGAUUUAUGCCUACGCCAGAACUGGCCGUUUAGCCGACUUGGAGGAGUUUAUUUCCGGACCCAACCAUGCUGACAUACAAAAGAUUGGCGAUAGAUGUUUCAACGAUGGCAUGUAUGAUGCCGCCAAAUUGCUGUACAACAAUGUCAGUAACUUUGCCCGCUUAGCCAUUACUUUGGUGUAUCUCAAGGAAUUCCAAGGAGCUGUAGACUCUGCCCGCAAGGCCAAUUCCACACGCACCUGGAAGGAGGUGUGCUUCGCCUGUGUAGAUGCUGAGGAAUUCCGUUUGGCUCAAAUGUGCGGCCUACAGGAUGUCAAAUCAGGCCAAAAAUAA